AUGCUGGCCGCGCAGACAUUUCAGUACCGCCACAUGGUGUCGCAUUUACGUUCGGAGGAUUUGUCACUGCUAAUGGAUGGCCUGAGCGCGACGCUGUCGUACAGUUUGUUGUGUGUCAAGUUGAUUGUUUUCUGGACGAAGCAACGAAUAUUCCACGACGUGGUAGCGGGUAUCUCGACGGACUGGGAGGAAUGUGGAGAAGCCGGCGGUGCCUUGUGCAACAUGAUCAACGUGGCCAGCCUGUCUCAUCGUUUCUCCAAUUUAAUCAUCGGUUUGCACUCGCUGGCCGUGCUGUUCUACUGCAUCGGGGUGGUCGCGCUGCGCGGCAAUGACGCCGAUCAGAGCGACGUCGGGCGUGAGCUCUUCCUCAAGAUGGAUCUACCCUUCGAGAGUGACGCGUCGCCGGUUUACGAGCUCGUAAUGACCACGCAGUUCCUGCAUCAGAUUACGUCUGCCACCGUGAUCGGUGUGCUCAGCGCGCUGCUCGUUACGCUGGUGCUGCACGUAGGCGGUCAAAUAGACAUCCUGCGUGAGAGACUGCUAGAAAUUCUGCCGACGGACAGGAAGUCGACUAUAUCCGUGAUCACGAUGGGCUCGUUGAUCCGUAAGCACCAGAACAUCAUCGUUUUCACCGACAAAAUCGAGAACCUGUACUCGUACAUCGCACUGGCGCAAUUCAUAUCGAACACCCUCGUCAUCUGCUGCUUAGGGUUUAUCAUCGUGAAUUCGAUCGGCGACGAUCAGGGCUUCUCUAUGCUAUUGAGAUCUCUCUUGUUUUACGUCGUCAUCAAUUUGGAGGCGUUCAUCUUUUGCUACGCCGGCGAGUACUUAAGCAUUAAGAGCAAAAUGAUCGGCGACGCGGCGUACGAGUCUCUGUGGUACGAUUUGACUCCCAGCGAGACCCGAAUCCUGCUACUCUUGAUAAUGAGGUCACAGAAGCAAUUGACAAUCACGGUCGGCAGAUUUACGAAUCUCUCUCUGCAGCAAUUCGCGAACGUAAGCUUCAUCCGUUAG